AUGUGUGAUGACCAACUGUGUGGCUCUCGCAAAGUGAAAGUCACUAUAUUGGCUUCUGAAUGGGGAUCAAGCAAAGGGGGGCUUUCUACCAUAAACAGAGAAUUAGCUCUUCAGUUAGCCAAAUGCCCUGAAGUGGAAAUCACUUUCUUUUUACCACAAUGCAGUCAAGAGGAAAAGAAGGUUGCCUUACAAAACAAUGUGAAGAUCGUGGAGGCAGAACCACUACUUGGCAUUGAACAACUGGAGUGGCUUUGCUUUUCUCCAGAUCAUCUGCAAAUUGAUAUUAUUGUGGGUCAUGGAGUUAAACUUGGUAAACAAGCACAAGUCAUAAAAAAAUCUAAAAAGUGCAAAUGGCUUCAAGUGGUGCACACAGACCCUGAAGAACUUGGGAUGUUUAAAAACUAUUCCAACCCAAUUUCAAAGGGCGAAGAAAAGCACAAGACUGAAGUAGAACUGUGCAAAAUGGCAGAUCAUGUUGUAGGAGUUGGACCCAAGUUGAGUGAGGCCUUCCGCUUAUAUCUUCGUAGCUGUAGAAAAGAUGACACUGUUCUUGACUUUACCCCUGGAGUAUUUGAAGAGUUUGCAGCUGUAAAGCAGGUUCCAAGUGAAAGGCAACAACGCAGUGUCUUGGUGUUUGGUCGUGGAGAUGUAGAAGAUUUUGAAUUAAAAGGGUUUGACAUAGCUGGGAAAGCAAUUGCUGCAUUAGAAGAUACUCGUCUUGUGUUUGUUGGAGCCCCAGAUAGAAAACACGAAGAAAUAGCAAAACGGUUGGCUGAAUGUGGUGUUCCUGCAAGGCGUUUGAGAGUUAGAGGAUUUGUUGAAAAAAGGGAGAGUUUGAAGGACUUGUUUAAAGAAGUGGAUCUUGCAAUCAUGCCUUCAAGAACAGAGGGCUUUGGAUUGACAGGACUUGAGGCCCUGUCAGCUGGUCUGCCUGUGCUUGUCAGUGGCAACUCUGGUUUUGGAGAAGCUUUGCAUAGUGUACGUUUUGGUUCAACAUAUGUUGUUAACUCAGAUGAACCCGCAGAUUGGACCUCAGCUAUUAAGAAAAUAUGGGCCAAGGACAGAAAAAGUCGACUGGAGGAAGCAAAAAUGUUGCGUGAUUCCUUUGACAAAAAGUACAACUGGGCCAUACAGAUAAAAGAUCUUAUUGAGAAGAUGAUAGAUUGGGUUCACGGUAUGAACUUCAAUGUGAUUGACAUGUGCGGUUCAUCAUGUGUUAGUGCACAUUAAUAAUUUGCACAAUAUCAAGUAUUGAAAAUUGUUAUUAUUAUUAUUAUUAUUACUAAUUUUUUUCCUUUUUCACAUUAGGGAGCUUAAGCAGAGGUGUUUUUGAGCUACAUAUGAUAACCAGAAGUGGACUUUUUGCAAAUUUAUCUUUGGUGGUGGUUUCGCCCUAAUUUUCAGGCAAUAGUCUCUAUAAAAAAUGAAUACAUGAGAAUACACGUAACAAUACAAAUUUGGUAGUGUCAAGGUAUAUUAAAUGAGGAGGAUGGUUGGUUGCCAUCUGUAUUUCACAAACACCUUUUCUUCAGCUCCCAGUAUUACAAAGGAAAUAAUAGGACGUGAAAUCUAAAAAGAAGUGAAUAACAAACAAACAAACAAACAAAACAGACCCAUUAAGAAUCAUCAGCUGAGAUUUUUUGUCCUAUGUGUAUGUAGAACUAAAUGUGAUAACAAACUUAAUCAUAACUAUAACAAAAUUGUCAAAUCUGAUUGGCUGUCAACUGCCCUGAUUUCAGCCUUAAUUGGACAGUUUUAUAGGACAGUACACGUCAUGCCUAAGUAAUUGGAUAGUACGGGUCAUCACACGCGCGCUUAAAUGGCUUUUUUUUUUCACUACUAGCAAAACAUUAAAAUUCCAAAUUUCUUGUGUUUUGAUUAAAAAAAUAGCCUAUUAUAUCACAAAUUUUGUUAAAGUUAUGAUUAAUUGGUAACAGAACUUCGUGUCGUCCAAUUCGGUCUGUUUAUCAAACUCGUGAUUAAACAAAUCGGACCCGCGUGAUUUUGUUGAUCACUCAUAUGAUUACAGACCGAAUUGGAUGACACGAAUACCAAUUAGUCCACUCAGUCCUGUUGCCUUUACUUAUUUCCCGGAUAAGAAAUACAGUCGAACCCCGUUAUUUCGAAGGAGGAUUGAAUUUCCUUGGAUUUACCCUUAUGUUUUCAGUCAUUUACUAUCAGCUAUUUCGAACUCGGUUAUUUCAAAUUCCCUGCUAUUUCGAACUCAUUGUUCUUUCCCUACAGCUUAAAUCAACCCCGUUAUUUUGAACUUGUCAACAACAGAGUACGUACAUAAGAGCCCAGCUGGAAACGUAUUGCAUUUUAUUUGAGUUUGUGUUGCGUAAUUAAUGACUUAAGAAUGCUUGACUCAUGUGCAGUGUCCCGCUAAGAAAUUCCAGCUGUGUUAUUCAAUUGCAAAACAAAAUGCACUGUUAGUGAACUGUUCUUCCGGCUGAAAUACUCAUGUGUGAACUCUGCUGUCUCUGUUGUGAUCAUUCGACAUUGUAAAGGAAUGUUCUGAAUUUUCUGUGGUGAUUACAAACAUCCUUUGAGAUCUGCUUGAUGAUUCAUCUCUAAGCAUUUUGCAUUCUUUUACAAAUCAGCGUGAUAAUGGGGAAUCAACUACUGUAUUUUAUUAAAAAAUGAUUCAUUGUUACGAAUUUUACGCUUCCCCGGUUAUUUCGAAACCCUGCUAUUUCGAACUUUUUUUCCAUUUCCCUUGGGACUUCGAAAUAGCGGGGUUCAACUUUAGUGUGAUUACAUAUCACUGACUGGCAAGUAAUAUUCCAUAAACUUACCGGUAUAUAUUAGUUGAGUCCCAGCUAAUCUGUUGUAUGCAUUAUCCCCAGCUCAUGCAUGGUGUGAUUAUUUCAUACAUUUGCUGAUUAACCAAACAGCCAAUUUAUUGUUAUCUACCCCUUUAUUUAAACAGAUGAUUCUUCAAAUCAUCAGAGGUAUUCAGAAACCAAACACAGAAAAGUCUCUCAGCAGAUGGAGGGCAUUACUGAAGACAUUGAAGGUAGCAUUAUUUGUAAUGCUAAUUAUCUUGGCUGAAUGAUGUUUCUGGUAGAAAGGGUACUGUGGAGGAAUAUGGCCUUUCAAGUUAAGCCUGAUCAAGUAAAGAAUAUUUUGAGUUUGAAAUUUUGUUGCCAUGGACAUUUUACUUUAUUUUAUAGGGCUCGAAAAAAACUUGAAUUCAAGUUUGUCCUUUGGGCAAGCAACUCUUACCUUUUGCUUGCCUGGGGCCAUGACCACUUGUUGAUUAAUGUCUUAAGACCAUGCACAUCAAGGCUUAAACUUGUUUAAUGUUUAAGUUUUUUUUCUUUGUACACUGUAUAUAUGGUAGAAGCUGUUUACUCUACUUUAUUGAUUGCUGCAACUAUGUAACCUAUUGAAUUUGAUUUGAAUUAUCUGUAGAAUUGACGCCUGUGUUCUAGUUUUCUGUUACUGUUUUCCAUUUUUAAACCAUGUUUAGUUGAUGUGUGAAUGGAGCUUUAGUUAAUGAUUUGGUUAGAAGACGUCUUACUUGAACCUUUGCCCAUAUGGGCAAAAAAAGUGAGCAAGUUGCUUGUCCAACAGGAAAAUUUACUUGUCAUGGACUAAUGAACAGGCCAGGACUUUUUUUAGCCCUGUAUAAUUAUAGAUGUCAACCAGCAACAAAAUUGUAGAGACAUUGUUGUCAAAAAAGGGAACUUCAGAGCAAAACAAUCCACACCCCUCCCCUCCAUUCAAAGUUGGGGUGUUUAGCCUUUUCUACAGGUAGCUUGAAGAGUGGUACAUUACAAGCUUUAUUUUCCCUUUUUGAAGUUUGUAAGAUGUUAGAAAGGCCCUUUAGGGCAAAUUGUGUCAACUUAUUUUGUAGGCAUGUGUUAGGAUUCAUAUGGUUUGCUGCCAAUAUUUUGUACUGAGCAUUGUGUGUCUGUAUUUUUAUGCUUUCACUGGCAAAGUGAGCGAGAGACUACUACUGGAACUGAGAAGUGAAGGACUUUGAGAGAGUCUUUUAUGUCCCAUGAAAAUAAUCAAUAAAAUUUGCUUCAGUGCACACCUAUCAAACUAUUGAAAAUGUAAGAACAACUAUCUUUUUUCCAGCUGAGAACAUCCUUCCAUCCUUACAAAAUUUGCAAUGUGAUGCAGACCAGGUUCGCAACAAAACCAUCCUACCAUCUGAUCUAAGAACGGUUGCAGCGAAGAAAGGAUUCUUAGUUUCUGAUAACCAAGCAUCUGGGAACUGUUUGUUCUAUGCACUGUCAGAGCAACUGAAAAGUGUUAAAGGAAUCCAAAUUUCACACAAAGAACUAAGAAACAAUUUGGUCGAGUUUCUCAGAGAGAACGCUAAUCUGGUAAGGCGAUGAUGUAGUCCCUUAAUUGUAUGCUUAACUUCAUCAUGUUGGGGAAAAAAUGGCAGAGGCCUUUAGUGGUGUAUUGCAAAAAAGAGACAAUGUCCGGAUAUAAAUAAGAUUAUGAUCUCCUCAUAACGUAUAAGACUAUACAUGGGCGGCCAGUCUGCAGGUUACCUGAAGCCUUUAAUUGAAAUGUAUCAAUUAACCAUCACGACCUUUAAGAUCAGCGUCACAUUCAUUACUCUGUCCUCAAAAAGCUAAAACUGAAAACUAUGGGUGUAGAGCUUUUUCUUUUGUGGCAAGGGAGUUGUGGAACUCCCUACAGGAGGACAUUAAGAAUGCCAAGACUGUAAUCUGUUUUAAAAACAAGUUGAAAACUCAUCUUUGUUAGAAAGUUUUCUAUUUUAGUAAGCAUUCUGGUGAACUUAAUUAGAUAGGGAUUUUGAUUUUAUCUUCUGUUUGUAAAUCAUUGUAAGGCACGUUGAGCUUUGUAAAUUCCCCCCCAAAAAAUGUAUUAAUUUUGUUAUUGUUAUAUUAUAUUAGAUUCCCAAGGGCUGGCAUCUCUGAAAUAGGGUAAAGUGUGUUAGAGCAUCUGUUUUAACUUAAUGCAGGGCAGGGGCCCAGGCCCCCCCAUAUUUUUAGACCAAACUGAGGCCCAAAGGGCCAAAAAAUUUUGAGACUGGCCCUGCCCCCCUUAUCUAAGGGUUUGGAUGACUCCCCCCGCCCCUUAUCUCAAGGUGUGGAUUCGGCACUGUAAUAUAUCAAUAUAUCAUCGAUAUAUCAUUAGGAAGAAUUUCUCAAAUAGGGUAAUCAUUUUAGAAUGUGUGCUCAUUUUUGCACCGUACAUGAAAGCUUUUCUUUCGAAAGACCACCCAUCAUUCAAGUGAAAAAGUAUUUUCAGAGGUUAUAUAGCUGAUUUUUUGCAGCAUUUUCUGACCUGUUGUUGUCAUCAAUUAACUCAAAAUUCACUCUAGUUGUAUUCUGAUUCAUGAGCUAAUUAAAAUUCACUUGCUUGAAUGUUGUUGUUGUUUUUUUUAGCAUGAUGGAACGUCCUUGUUCAACUUUGUUUCUGGCUACUCAUCAUGGGGUAAAUAUUUACAAAGCAUGGCGAAAGAUGGUACCUGGGGUGAUCACGUGGUUCUGUUUGCUGCAGCAAAUCACUUUCAAACUGCCAUCCGUAUUAUCAGCAGCCUUGAUCGUGAAAUAGUUGUCCAUCCAGAACACGCAGUUGCUGACCCAACCCCCCUUGUGUUGGGACACAUUCAUGAGUUACACUAUGUUAGCCUUCAGCCUAGAAAAGGUACAUUACUAGUCUCUUCCCUGUUGCAAUCAGCCAGGUUUGUUUUACUGGUGGAAAAUGUGCUGCAGAUAUCAGCCCUGUACUGCGGUGUGGUGUUUGUGUUCAUUAGAGAAGGGAGAGUUGGUAACUGCUUUUGCAUGGAUUCUCUUUCUACAAAUCAUCCUAAUGAGUUUCUUAAUAGUGUAAUCGCCUUUGUUAAUGCGAAGAAAAGUAAUUCCUUUUGAAUUUUUAAUAGCCUUUCGUCGCUUCAAAUGUCAUAGCUAUACUCAUAGGAGUAGAUCCUAUUCAACCAGAUAUUUUUCAGAUUUUCAGACGCAACAAACUGUGACCUGUUUAGCUUAAUAGACCUUGUCACGGUUUUCGACGCCAUCUUGACGAGUAGGCAAACAUGUGAGAAUUUGCAGUGUUUAUAUGAGAAUCUACUAAAUGUCGAAUAAUUUCCGUAAAACGGCUUUUCUGAAAAAAAGUAUCAAUUGUAAACUAAAGCUACAAAGCGAAGGAUUGUUCUUAAAUAUUUUGGGGGCGUACCUGUGCUUAAAUUUCUCCAGAGGCUUGCUUUAGAUUUUCUAUAUAUUUGUCUGUAAUUUUUCCCGGUAAUUUCUUACAGACAAAUGUAUAGAAAAUUUUAAAAAGUGGUUCUAGGUCUUCUAACACAUGUAACGCCAUCAAUUUUUUUUCAGUAGAAUCCUUAGGAGUGAAGCUUUAGUUUACAAUUUAUUAUUUUUUCAGAACAGCCGUUCUACGGAAAUUAUUCGACAUUAGAUUUUCAUACAAACACUGUAAUUUCUCACGUGUUUGCCUACUCGUUAAGAUGGCGUCGAAAACCCGGCGGGUCUAUUAUCCGCAGGUCGCAGGUCACAGGCCGCGGGUCACAGGCCGCGGGUCACAGGUCACAGGUCGCGAAUAAUAUAUGUAAAUUGAUUAUGAGUUUCCAGAAAAAUCGAUUUCAAAAUUAUGAUUUAAAAAGCGAGAUAACUGGUCAAAGCGGGUAGUGGACAAGUGGCCCCUUAAGGUUAUACUUUUUCCAUUUGUUUUUAAGUCACACAAGAUAAGGCGCCCUGAGUCAUCAAUGAAAGUUUUCAUAAUUUGAAGAUCGAAAUUAUUGUUGAAAAGAAUGCUUACCCCAGCUUUGCUGCUGGAAAAUGAGCUGAAAAGACUUUUGUACCCCCAUUCAGCAGCCCAUAGGUGUGAAUUUUCUUGCGAACAAUGUACUUCUUGCAGCAUGUAAAUCGAGUAUUUCUUAGAUCUGAGCCAAUUAAAAAUUUCUCUUCUUUUAACGUUAUUCCCAAGGCCCCGUACAUUGAGAGAAGCUACCGUGAUAGUAUUGUUAUCUAUUUUGUAUAUUAAAAAAAGGGGAUAUAAUAGGUAACUGCACUGUUUGAUUAAUCGACAAUAACAGCGUUAUGGCCGAGCGAAGGUGUUUUGCAUACAGCUCAGAAAUUGUAAUUUUUAGGCUUUGAAAGAAAAGAUUGCAUCGGAAAGCUGUAGUUAUAAUUUUAUCGAUGUAGUUUAUAAAGCUAUGCACACUGGAAUCGACAAAACAGCAUUGUACUAGUACGAAAAGCAAACUGGUGGCACGGAAACACAAACAAUUACAUAUAAAACAGCUAAAGUAACCAAAAAUAACACAACAAAACAUAAACAAUUUAACUAUAAAAAAACCUUAUCAGAUUGGGGUUUCGAGUGGCUAGCGGGCGCGUAAAGGAAAGCAAAAACCUGGUCGAGUAGUUAUUACCGGUCGGGACAGCUAAGCCGUCCGCCACCCUAAAUUUAUAAAAAAGGAGAGUAAAGUUCUGAGGUACAAUCAUGAAAAACAGUUACUCAGCUGCUUCUGUUGCAUCGAGGCACUUGCCCGGAGGCCAGAAACUGCCGUUUAUAAACAGCUUGUCGGGCUGGCUCUUGCUGAAAGAUGCUCUCCUGCCUUGUGGUCGUGCUUGUUUGAAAACUGUCAUUUGAUCUUUCCGGCGCUUGAUGAUUUCCAAUGGAAGAUCGCGGAACAUUUGGAAAUCGGUCCCCUCUAGACGUCGGCCCAAGGAGAAAAUUUCCUCGACAUCUUUAUAUCGAAGAAAUCUGGCGAUUAUAGGACGUGGAGCUGUGUUGCUGUUACGUCGGUUUGAUAGACGGUGUACGCGUUGGAUUUCCACGCUGCGGCCAUUACGAUAUCCGAGAUCUCUCUCCAUGAAACUUCUUAGAACUUCUUCGGUAUCUUCUUCUCGUGCUUCAGGGAUAUUAAAAAAUUUAAUAUUCUCUCUCCUGGAGUAGGCUUCGAGAUAAAGGUUCUUGGAUAUGAUCUCGUCCAUUUGGUGGUUGAGUUUCUUCUCACUCUCAAUCAGAGAGGUAAUUCUUUCAUUCUGCUCGUCAAUCUUAUUUUUUAAAUCAUCUCGAUAUUCCUUACAUUUGUCAGUAUUGAAACUGCAAGACUUCUUUAGAUCAGCUAUGUCAGUCUUGGCCGUUGCUUGAAACUCUUCGAGCUUUGCUGUUCUUGCCUUGAGAUUCGCCAAAUUGGUUUCUAUAUUUCUUACUGUGCUUUCGAUUGAGUCAAGUUUACUCAGUCUAUCAAUGAUGGAGUUAAGUUUUUCUCCGAUGUGCUCUAUUUUGUCGAGAGCCGCCAUGACUUCGUCAUUUGUCUCGUGGUCGCUACCUGUGCUUUCGUCUUCUGUUUCUGUUAGAUCUCUGGGCUUUUUUGCCUCUUGAAAUGGCGAGGUCUCGCCUCCGGAGCUUGUCGAUGAUCGAUUUCUGCGUUUUCUAAUAUAGUUAGACAGUUUUUCGGCCAUAAAGAACUUUUGGAAGGCGGACGGCUUUUUGUGUGCUCCUACUCCGCCAUCACUCGGCCCAAUCUCUCUACUACUGAAAGGUUGUAUAUGGGAGAAAUGUUUUUUGUUGUACCUGCGAACUGAGCAACCUGUGAUCUGCGACCUGUGACCCCCGACCUGUGACCAUCCUCGGAGACCCAGGGGCAGUCAGUCGGGUCGGGAGAAAAGGCAGGACGAAAGUUUUCAAGUACGGGCGAAAGACCCCCUGGGUACCGACUCUCACCGAACUAUUUCCAAAAAUUCAAGCAGAUGCCGGCUCCUGAUUGGGCACAAAAAAAGCUUUGUAUUAUUGUGCCCAAUCGGCGAACAGUUCCUCCUGAGUUCUUUUCGUGAGUUCGUACACGGCGGAUACUGUCUCGAUCACGGCUUGUCUGGCUCAUGCACCAAAGAAAUUCACGCAGUCAGGAAACUUUCAGUUUGAUAUAAAAUCCCCAUCUGAUUUCAAAAUAUUGUCUGCCCGAAAACUAAAGACGCUUUUCCAAAAAUACAAGCUUGAGCUUACAACAGGUAUUCACGCUUGCAUCGGUCACGCGUCUUGCGUAAAUGCUAGGGAGUUGUUAAAAGAUACCACGACGGCUGACAGCCACGAAAACGUCGCAUGGAAAAGUGAAUUCACAUUUUUUCAGUCUCUAUCGUGAUUAUUCCAACUCGCUUACUUUGUCAAAUGCAAGCGCUGACUCUUCUGGAGCUGAAUUUUUAUUAACCAUAUCCAUGAAGAUAUGUUCAUGAAGAGAAAGAAUUUUAUCAUUGCUUGUGUACGUCCUUCACAAAACGUGAAAUGAGGCAUUUUCACGGGUACUGUCGUGCAGUUGACGGCAAAGAAAUGUACAAAAAAGCGUGAAGCACGUGCAAAGUUGUUGUUUUGCCUUGUGAAGCUAUAGCUAAUUUGACUUUCUCGUCGCCGCCGCAUCUUAAAGUUCCUAUUAUUUACGGUACAUUGUGAUCCGUCAAAAACAGAAUAUUCUCGGGGCAAAUUAAAUUGCUCCUGCUGAUAGCAUCCCAAACGUUCCUUCGCUUCUGGUUAGGAAAGUAGAAAAUAAAAGUUUUCCUUGCACGCACAAGCUUGGUGAACGAACCGGGCAAGUUUGGCGAGACAAUAGCCGUCGUGUACGAACUCACGAAAAGAACUCAGGAGAAACUGUUCGCCGAUUGGGCACAAUAAUACAAAGCAUUUUUUGUGCCCAAUCAGGAGGCGCCAUGCGCUUGAAUUUUUGGAAAUAGUUCCGUUGGAGUCGGUACCCAGGGGGUCUUUUGCUCUUACUUGAAAACGUUCGUCUCGCCUUUUCUCCCGACCCGACUGACUGCCCCUGGGUCUCCGAGGAUGACCUGUGACCUGCGACCUGCGGAUUAGACCCGCCGUCGAAAACCGCGACAAGGUCUAUGGUUGUGAUUGAGAAGAAAUUAGUGUGAUGUGGAACAGGCGAGUUUGAAACAGUUCACAGUAAAAUAUCCACGCUUUAUACUGAGUGAAUGGAAUCUUAAGCUAAUAUUGGCUUUGCGAUUUUACACCAAGAGAUGAUUAUUAUAAUAAGAAGAGUUAAUUCAUGGCGUCUUACCCUUUGCAAAUUACCAGUUUUAAGGCGCUCGGCCACUCGAUCUUUCUCGAGUUGUGCGUACCAAAUGCUACAUACCGUAAAGGGAACAAAAGGGUAUUCAAAGAUUUUAAAAAGAGAUUCUAUUUCCAUUAAGGGCGGACUGAAAUGUCCAUUACUCAGAACGUGUCCAAGAAUAAUUUUUAUUUUUUAAAUUCAUAGCGCUUUCGGUUCAGAGUGUUCGCAUGUCACUCUCUUCAUUUGUAGUUUUGGGACUGUAUUAUUGCUACAAUCCUGGACAAAACUUCUUGAGAAAAUGUUUUCAUUAAUGUGCACUACCUAACGCAACAAAACUAUUUCUAAAUCAACGGCUUUGCGUAAAGAAAACCCCCUCCCCCAGUUCAAAGUUGCUUCCUACAAAUGCUUAGGGAUCCGGCUUUCUUUUGAAGACCCAACAACACUGCUUCCAGGGGGAGAGGGGGAGGGAAGAAUGGGUCGGCUACGAAGUUUAGAAAAAAUGACCCCCAAGAAGGCAAUUUUCUCAACAGUUUUGUCCAAGAUUGUAGGUGAUCAUAAUUAGUUAUCUAAGGCUAUGUCAGUUGUCAAAGGUUCAUUAUUGACCUUCUAACCAUACUGUUAACAGUACAAAAUAAAAAGACUGUGAUAGAGAAAGCGUUUCAUUGACUGACGGACGGUUCUCCCACCUCAGUGAAUAUAUCUGUGAGUCGAGGAUCAGUUAUCCUUUCUUCUAAUGGCCGUUGUUUACUGUUUUUUAUUUUGCCAGAUGAGUGUUUAUUUCUAAGGAAUAAGAGGGACAAUGAAGGGUACGACGAAAUCAGAGAAAGACCAUGGAGGACCCUGGAAGACCUUAAGGCUUUUAGAUCUACAGGUACGAGUUCAUGAUAUGCACCUAACCACAACCCUUCUGUUGUAAAAUCCGCUACUACCCCCCAACUAAAAAGGGCGAAUUGUACCGCUCCAAAUCAGUGAUAGAUACCCUUUAAGACUACCAAUCUUGUCUCCAGAGGCUGUGUUGCUACCGAGGCCGGUAGACCACGAAUUUAAAGAUUGCAUGACAGUUGAUUUUUGCUCUAGGCGUUAACGAUUUAGGUGACUUGGCUUUCGGUGUUUGUCAAGCCAACAAGAUGAACUCUUGUGUUCACAUUCCUUUCUCAUUGCUGACGUCUUUAUGAAGAACUAGUAUGCUGUAACUGAAAGAACUUUCAUCUAUAUGGACUUUCCGCAAACAAUAGUUUGACUUCGCUUAUUAAAUUCUAUGACCACAUUCCACAUUCAAAUCUAGGCGAUUUAAGAUACAACUGACCAUACGGUAAUGCCGGGCCUAUAUCUCGCUAAUUCCAGUGCUGUAGUGAAAUUUUGGUCAGGAUAUUUCCAUGCGUUUUUUUAUUUUUUGAUUGGACUCAAAAUAGAAUCACAAAGUGCUUCUCGAAGUGUGUCAUAUUUCCCGAAUCAUGCGCUUUCCAUAAUGUAAUGAUACAAAUUAACAGAUUAAAUACGUGAUAACAACGUUUAAUGCAGCUUCAUCUUUUUAGAUUUGUCAUACCCAAGUGACAUUUUAGAGAAGAUCCGUCAGCUGUAUAGAACACGUGAACAACGCCUUCUGCCUGUACCUUGGUGUGAAGAUUUCAGCUUUCAUUUGAAUGAUAUGUUUACUAGAUUAAAAAUCUCGGGCAAAGAAAAGACCCAAGGAGUACUUACUGACGAGGUAACCAAUAUGACUGCUAUAUUUAAGGCGCACACAGAAUGUCAAAGCCCGCGAACAGUUUUGAUCGAGGGAGAUCCUGGCAUGGGAAAAACCACAUACUGUCAAAAGCUGGCGUAUGAUUGGGCAACUAAGAAGGACGAAUGGGAUCCAUCUUUUCCAGAGAUUGAAGUGCUACUGCUUCUCAAAUGUAAUGAAAUUCAAUCCAACAUCUGGGAGGCUAUCGAUGAUCAAAUUUUGCCCGGGGAAAUGGAGGAUCAAGCUAAGGAAUGUUUCUUUAAAUUCAUUCGCGAAAAUCAGUCGAAAGUUCUUUUAGUUCUCGAUGGAUAUGAUGAAGUGGAUCCUAGUAACCUCAAAGUACUCUCCAGCCUCGUUCAAGGUAAAGAACUUUCAGGUUGCUACAUUGUUGUCACAUCUCGUCAUGAGGCUGGAAGUACAGUAAGGAGGUACUUUGACACUCUGUGGGAAAUUGAAGGAUUUACCAAGAAAGAUGCAGAAAGCUUUAUUCUUAAAUACUUUAAAAACAUCAACAAAGAGCACUUAGCCGGGAAACUUAUACAAAGCAUAAGGGAUGUAGACCUGAGGGAACUGACAAAAAAUCCCUUAAACACUGCCUUACUGUGUGUUAUUUGUGAGGAUUUUGAGGGCGUGUUUCCAACGAGCAGAACUGAAUUGUACACGGAGAUUGUUCUUUGUGUUUUAAGAAGAUAUGAACAAAAGCAAGGUUUAGCGAGCAAGAAUGAAGACCUGAUGACCGUUUACAAAAAAGAAUUAAUAGAUCUUGGAAGAAUGGCAUUAGAAUCUCUUCUACAAGGAGAAUUGUAUUUUGAAGAACAUAAAUCUGACGGUGGCUUCAUUGUCUUAUCCAAGUUCGGAUUCCUUUCACUUCAGGCUGGUGGCAGUAAGAGGAAAGUUGUUGUGCGUUACGCAUUUCUUCAUAAGAGCUUUCAAGAGUUCUUUGCUGGUUUCUAUCUUGCUUACAAACUCAUUGAGGGAGAAAUUGAGUACGAAUCAGUGGUGACUGACCAAAGAUAUGAAAACGAACUAUAUCAAGUCUUUUUAUUUUCGAUCGGAAUUUUAGUUUCAAGAAGUGCGAAAACCGCACAGUCUCUCGUAACAUAUAUGGCUAGAAAUGUCACAAGUCUUGGGUCUGCGAGAGAUAUUUCAAAGCGUCUUGCAUUUUCUUUAGGUUGUUUAUCAAAGCACGAAAGUUUAGUUUGCACCUUAGGGAAGCACCUUCACAUUUCUUAUUUGAAACUGGAGGCAGGAAUUUGGAAAUAUCACGUUGAGUCUCUUUCCAAGGCCCUUUCAGUCAACUCCUCCUUAACUCAUUUGGAUUUGAUGGGGAACAGUAUUGAUGCUUCUGGAACUGCGUCUCUUUCCCAGGCUCUUGCAGUCAACUCCUCCUUAACUAAUUUGAAUUUGAGUAGCAACGGUAUUGGUGAUUCUGGAGCUGUGUCUCUUUCCCAGGCUCUUGCAGUUAAGUCCUCCUUAACUAAUUUGCGUUUGACUUUGAACGGUAUUGGUCCUUCUGGAGCUGCGUGUCUUUCCCAGGCUCUUGCAGUCAACUCCUCCUUAACUAGUUUAGAUUUGACGCAUAACAGAAUUGAUGAUUCUGGAGCUACGUCUCUUUCUCAGGCUCUUGCAGUCAACUCCUCGUUAACUAAUUUGGAUUUGAGAACGAACAGUAUUGGUGAUUCUGGAGCUGCGUCUCUUUCCCAGGCUCUUGCAGUCAACUCCUCCUUAACUAGUUUAGAUUUGAGAACGAACAGUAUUGGUGAUUCUGGAGCUGCGUCUCUUUCCCAGGCUCUUGCAGUCAACUCCUCGUUAACUAAUUUGGAUUUGGGAGGGAACAGAAUUGGUGAUUCUGGAGCUGCGUCUCCUUCCCAGGCUCUUGAAGUCAACUCCUCGUUAACUAAUUUGGGUUUGGGUUUGAACAGGAUUGGUGAUUCUGGAGCUGCGUCUCUUUCCCAGGCUCUUGCAGUCAACUCCUCCUUAACUAAUUUGUAUUUGUUUGGGAACAGAGUUGGUGAUUCUGGAGCUGCGUCUCUUUCCCAGGCUCUUGAAGUAAACUCCUCCUUAACUCAUUUGGAUUUGAGUCAUAACGAUGUUCGUGUUUCUGGAGCUGCGUCUCUUUCUCAGGCUCUUGCAGUCAACUCCUCCUUAACUAAUUUGUAUUUGUUGGGGAACAGUAUUGGUGAUUCUGGAGCUGCGUCUCUUUCCCAGGCUCUUGCAGUCAACUCCUCCUUAACUAGUUUAGAUUUGAGAAUGAACAGUAUUGGUGAUUCUGGAGCUGCGUCUCUUUUCCAGGCUCUUGAAGUCAACUCCUCCUUAACUAAUUUGUAUUUGUUUGGGAACAGUAUUGGUGUUUCUGGAGCUGCGUCUCUUUCCCAGGCUCUUGAAGUCAACUCCUCCUUAACUAAUUUGGAUUUGAGAUGGAACAGUAUUGGUGAUUCUGGAGCUGCGUCUCUUUCCCAGGCUCUUGCAGUCAACUCCUCGUUAACUAAUUUGGAUUUGAGUUGGAACAGUAUCGGCGCUUCUGGAGCUACCGCUCUAUCCCAUGUGAGCACGGUUAAUACAACGGUGCACGUUGUUUUUGUUAAUGAAGAUAAGGUGAUGCACGUAGAUAAUCCUGUUCUUGUUAAUGGUGAGGAGGAAGAGGAAGAAGGAGACAAGGAG